GAUUCAUCCAUUCCGGCAAUAAAUAAUCCGCGCAGCAUUGUUCUAAAUGCGUAGAGCGUAACCGCGCACAAUUCGUAACAACAAUUUUCGUUCCAUUCUGUUAAUGUUACCGGUUGUUAAGGCAAUCAUUGUAACUCUUCAGUGGGUUCCUUUACACCUCUAUUAUUCCAGGCAAUUGAAAGGUACGACUUGGCAUUUUAAGCACCCUCGUGUGCUACAACUAGGUCUGAAUUGUUUGGAUUCGAUCUCUCACAGAAUUCCCAAAGCCUUCAGUGAGGUAUAUUGAUUUAUUAACGGAACAAUAUUCCGAGUCCUGAAGUUGAAGUAUUCUUGUAACUUUGGACCUUCUUUUUGGUUAGGUUAGAGACGCUGUCCUUGUUUUAAAGUGCUUACAUAGCCUACAGGGCCAUUAAAAAGGCCAUUAACUAGUUGUUUUUUUAUCCUCGACAAACUUUGGAACUAAUAAUAAUGUCAUUGGAAGAAGAAGAAAUAUUUCUCACAGAACAACCAACAGAUAUUUCAACUGUAGUGAAUGGAAAGGUCCACAACGAGACGGGUCCAACAACGGUAGUAAACAGCGAUACAGGUUAUAACGAUGAGUCCUCCUUGACGACCAAUCGCAGACUAUCCAGUUUACCUCUGUCUAGCGUUCACAUGAUACACAACAUGAAUGGAGUGGAAACACCUAAAGACAUUCCGAAAGAUGACGACAGUGACAGUGGAUGGGACACCGACUUGGAGAUCGAUAAUCUGAUUGAGGUGUCCAAAGUGUCAUUCGACGCAUCGGGAAAGAAAGUUUACCAGCAAACAUGUGCGGACCUGGGUGUGAUACCUGUUUCGCAUUUCAUGCGUCACAUGCGAAGCCCAAAGGUAGUGAUGAAACAUCACGGACUAGGCCCGAUUGGUGCUAAAGCGAUUGCUAUUCCACUUGUGACAAAUACCAGCGUUCUAACUUUGGAUUUAGAAGACAACUGGAUAGAAAGCGAUGGUGCCAUCUAUAUUGCUGACAUGAUGAAAGAAAACUGUUACAUUGCAGAUUUGAACAUGAGUGAGAACAAAAUCGGAAGCAAAGGUGCACCGGCAAUGUGUGAAAUGAUGCAUGACAAUCAAAGUCUACGCAAAGUGAAUCUCUCAGGGAAUGGAUUUGGAGACAGGGAUGCAGAACACUUCGCUUAUGCACUUCAAAGUAACUACAGUAGAAUCCAGGAGUUAAAUUUAAGUUAUAACCAAUUUUCAGAAACGGGUGGUGAAAUCCUUGGCCCUGCCAUAGCAACAAAUGAUACAGUAGAGAUCUUAAAUCUAAGUUGGAACCACAUCAGAAGGAAAGGUGCCAUUAGCAUAUGCAGAGGAUUAGCGGAAAAUAUAGGAAUUAAAGUAUUAGAUCUAUCAUGGAAUGGACUGGCCAAUGAAGGUGCUCUAGCAAUGGCCGAAGCCCUGAAAUUUAACAGCAACCUCAUUGAAUUAGAUCUUAGAAAUAACAGAAUAACCAAUGAGGGCGCUGUUUUACUCUCUAAAGGACUGGAAAUAAAUGACACACUGCAAAUUCUAAAGCUUGGUUUAAAUCCAAUUACAGCAGCUGGGGCUCACUCGUUACUUUUAGCGAUGCGUGUUAACACGAACACUGCCAUCAUUGAGAUUGAUUUCACGGAUAUCAUGGUCAACAAGGAUUUCCUAGAGCUCCUACAAGAAAUUCAAGAAAUUCGUCCUGAAUUCAGAGUGAUUUACAAGGGUGCAUUCGGAGCAUUUAAGAAACCUGAGAAGGAGAAACCAGACCCACUAAAGAUGUUACGAGACUACAUUGAAAAGAACAACUUGCGUGUAUGGGACCUGUUCAAGGCCUAUGACAAAGACAAGAGCAUGAGUGUUUCCAAUGAGGAAUUCAAGAAAGGCAUCAAUGCUUCUGGACUCCCAAUGAGUGACAGCCAAAUUGAUGAGCUAAUGUCUACACUUGAUAAAGAUGGCGAUGGUGAAAUUGACUACAGUGAGCUCGUCCUAGGACACAGAGUAUCAAAGCAAACGGCAAGAGAUAAACGGAAGGAGAAGAUGAUCAAGGUGUUUGAUCGCCGCUCCGAUGCAACAUUUAUUCCCGUUGCCCAACAGUUUGUUGACCUCGAUGUUGAUGAUGCAACUAAGAACAUGUCCGAGGAGCGGAGAAAUAAACUGAACAAAACUCUCCGCCCGGAUGUACAGCAGUGGGACGCACAAGGAAGGAAAGGCCAGGCCGUCGGGGCUGCGCUUCGUUCUCUUGAUGCGACAGUUGAUUUAAACAAAGAUUUACGAAAGAACUACACCAAAGAAGAAACGUUUCUGAGUAAAACAAUGGAUUUUGCCAAUUUUGAGGCCUUAAAUCCUAAAGAUAAAAAAUUUACAAAAGGAAGAAGACCGAGGACACCGAGAGAUUCACUCCUUACACCACGUAAAGGGAGUCCAGCAAAACUGGAUCCACAGCCCCAUGAGCUACUCCAAACAUUAUAGAAGAUAUUCAAACAAUGUGAUCAUACUUCUCUUUUUGCAUUCCAAUGUUCCAUCCAAAUUCAAACCUUUUUUUUUUAUUAACAAAUUAUGGUCUUUUAUUGUACUUUCUUCCUGAAAACUUCAAUUCAAAAGAGGUUCUGUUGGAUGGAUAACCUAAAAUUAGAUGGUUGAAUAAUCUUGUGGUAUCAACAUGGGGAUGGGGACUGCAGUGUUCUCUCGAAGCAAUUUUAGUUGUCAAAUUUACCGGUAAAACUAACCAGUCAACCAUUAAAAAUGUUGUGUUUGUCAAAAAAAAAUAAAAAAUUAACUGAUUACUGUUAGGCCUAGGUAGUCUAGUCUGGCUUUCUUUCAAUAAAAUGAACAUCAUUCCAGUCAUAUAUCUAGGCCAUCAUGAGUGUAUGUGUUGUGUUCAUUAAACCCCACUCAAAAGGGGUAAAACGCCUCACACCGUGUGCAUAGCAAAAUUUUUAUGGACAAAUUUACCAGUAAAAUUGUUUCAAUUGGUAGAACACUGGUCUAGGUGAGAAAGUUAGGGGGAAACUAGUUGGAGGAACAAGGUUACUGGUGGGUAUUGCUACUUAAUUGUAAUUUGAUCAAAUAACUGUUUUGUUCUGUACACAGAAUGAAAGAAAUCAACUCAAACACCUCAAAGUAAUUAUGUAUCUGAUUAAAUAGGCCUACUGUAUGUAUGAGGUGGAUGUAUUUGCAUUAAAAUUACAGGGUUUUAACCUACUAUAAGGCUCUUUACGCACUCCAUCACAUUUUUUUGUGAGAAAUAUCAAUGAUUCAACUACAGUUAUAGGCAUGUUGUUAUGUUACACCUGUGAAGGCAAAACCACAGUCAUUAUGUCACAGUGGAUUGAUAAUGUGAAUGGAGGUUAGGCCUCAUAGGGUGUGAAAUAUAUACGUGAGGGUUUCGUACCAUUAAGAAUGUAGUGCAGAAUCAUGACAUGCAAUAAAAAAAAAAAAAACCCACAAUUUUUAAAAGUACUAAUGUAUAUAAAUAAAAAUGACACCUUUAAUGAAAAUUAAAUUCCAAAAAGCAAUAAAUGUAAAAAGUUAUAGACAAUCAUUGACCGUUUAAAUUGCCACUAAGUAGAGCCAUAUGAUGUGACUUAGUUUUAAGCUCUGGAUGUGAAAUAUAUAUUAUGGUAUAUGCCAGAAAAAAAGGUAGUAAACAUUGUAAUACCAAAAAUAAGAUAGUUAAGUAUUCUGAAUAUGUAAUAAAGAAAUUUAAAAAAGAUGAAUUUCAAAAUGGUGGAGGAAUAAUUUCACGAUCUCAAAUUGUGUUGUGAAAUGAUGAUUGCUAAUCAAUCAAUAAAUUUUGUUGUAUGUUGUGUAGACAUUAUAUUAUAUUAUUUCUUUAUUACACAAGGCUCUCUGAAAAAGGCAGUAUUUAAUCAUAUUGAGAGGCCAAUCUGUAUAGAAAAUCAAUUUAUAUCACACACUAAGGCUUUUUAGUUCACUACCUCAACAAAUGAAAGGUAAUACAUUUACUAUACUGUGUUCCUUUAACCAAUAUUAUUGUUGCUUAUUGUUUUACAAAGUUCUGUAUUUAUUUAUUUAUGUUGGAUUAAAUCAUGUUUAAACCUAUUCAGGUAAAAGCACAACAUCAGUAUUACUUACAAUCAUGGUAACAUAAUGAAUUAAUGUAACUCACAAUUAUGUCAUAUUUCAUCACUAGUGUAUUAUCAUUAUCUUUUUUAAACAAUAAACAGGAUAUAAAUGAAAUACUUAUGUAAUUAAUAAUGAAUGUUCUUCUGAAGAGCAAAUUAAAAUGACCAAAUAAUGUCAA